CGUGAAACAGUUCAAUAUGGCGGGCAAAGUCAGUUGAAAGUUCUGAUCGAUGUGGAAUCAACUGUGAUUUGACGUUAUAAAGACAGUCACUGCAUCAGUGAUAUACAGCAUGUGAGAAGACCAGCAGAUCAUGUAGUUUUUGCCAUCUUUCUCAUUCAGCAUGGACAAGGUAUGAUGGAUGACCAGGCGAACAGCAGAAUAUUAAGAUCGGACGAGACUUUUGAUGUUAAGUCUGACUGCUUAUUCUGUGCUAAUUAUGCUAAAUCGGACAAAAAGAAAAGGGGAGGGGAUGUAUGGGAUGUCAAAACUUUUGACUUUCAAGAAACUAUAAUAAAGAAAUGUAAAGAAAGAAAUGACCUUUGGGGUAUAUCAGUGCUUGGAAGAAUUGAGCACAUCAUAGAUCUGCCUGCUGCUGAUGCAGUUUACCACCAGACAUGUAAUACAAACUUCCGGACUGGAAAAGACAUACCUUUGAAAUAUCGUUCAAAUAAAAGACAAAAAACAAGUUCAAAAAGUCCAGGAAGGCCUGUUGAUAAGGACCAAUUGUUAGCGUUUCAAGAAGUUGUGAAAUAUGUAGAAAGUUCGGAAGGUAAAGUCAUAUCAGUGAGUGACCUCGUCCAAAAAAUGACUGAACUCUGUGGUGACAAGUCUUACAGUACAAAACAUAUGAAAAACAAACUGAUAGAACACUUUGGUACUGAUAUUGUUAUAGGAGAAUUAGAUGGUAAAAGUGACAUUAUAACCUUAAAGAUUACAGCUUCAUAUAUCAUUCAUAAUUUUCACAAGAGUCAGAAAAAUGAGGCAUCAAAUGAACGAGAAAAUAUCUUGUUAACAGCAGCUAAACUUAUCAAAAAUGACAUCCAAUCCAUGCAGUAUGAUAAGUCGUUCUACCCAGCAUCAGAAAAUGUUAAAUCAAUUGAAGACAACUUAGCAUUUUUGCCAAAGAGUUUACUGAUAUUUUUGAACAACAUAUUUGUUGAGAAAGAUUGUAAGUUGAAAAUCGCUGUUGUCGGGCAAGCAAUAAUGCAAGCUUGUGCCCCUAGAAAUGUUAUUUGUCCUUUGCAGUUAGCCUUAGGCUUACAAAUGCAUCACCAGUUUAGUUCGAGGUUCCUUAUUGAUACUUUGUUUCAAUUAGGCCUAUGCUCAUCAUAUGGUGAAGUACAAAAGUUUGAAAUCAAUGCAGCAGCUUCAAACUCAACAUUGUUCAAAAAUUACUUCCCUGGACAAUUCAUGCAAUUUGUAGCAGACAAUGUCGACCACAAUUCGAGGACACUUGAUGGACUGAAUACUUUUCAUGGAAUGGGUAUAAUUUCUUGUAAAACCCCAGGGCAGAAGACCAGUUGGAAUAUACCAAGGACGGAUGCCAACUAUAGCCAGUUAUCAGAUGCCAACAUUGAAAUUAAGUAUUACAAGCCAUCCGAGGCUUCAGUCCCGCCCAUCAAAUUUAAUGAACUGACUGAGAUUUCCCCAAAGAAUAAGAAUUUCUUCCAUUCUGCCAACUUGUUGAUCAAAUCUGUUUGGAUUGCAAGACAGACAAGACCUAAUUGCUGCGGGUCAUACACACUAUCUGAAGUCGUGCUACCUAUACCUAAUGGAUAUGAUGAAUUUGUCCACUGA